ACUCGAAACUUUAAUCAAUCUGCGUUCAGUACUCAAUCGGAGCGGUUCUGUUGAAUUAGUUAAUUGAAUUAAGUUUCUGUUGAGCGAAAAAAGCAAAUUGUAAUAUUAUUGCUAGACUUUAGACGACACGAUUUUUUGUUUAUUUCGUACGCAAACACGUUUGCAAUGAAGAAAAUACGGUUUCUUAUCCUUCUUGUGGUCGUAUUAGCAUCCUUAGCUAACGGCCAGCUAACCGAAGAAGGAAUGAAAUUGCGCCUGGAAAUUUAUGAUAAUGAAACGAGAGCGUAUUGUACUCAACAAGUCCGUGCCAAUUGGGAUGUACAAACGGAUGUCGGCAAUGUAGAUAAGGAGGAGGCACAGCGUAUCAUAACGAUCGAGUAUGCAAACUAUAGGAAGAGACAAUACGACGAAUACUUCAAAGAUGCGUUAAUUGAAAGCUACAAUGAUGCAGAUAUCCGAAGACAACUGAUGCUGCUGAAGAAUAUUGGUAGUGCCGCUUUGAGCGAUGACGAUUUAAAUGCUCUAACAAGGACACGAACUAACAUGUCGGGAAUUUAUAACAGUGCUCGAAUCUGCCCGUACAGUAAUCUUGGUUGCAAUUUAGAAAGUCAAGGAAUGUCAUUGGAUCCGGACAUUGAAGGAAGGCUAGCAUCAUUAGCUGGCGUCGGUGGCACUUAUGACGAGAUGCAAUAUCUUUGGGAAGAGUGGCGGGAGAAGUCUGGAAAAUUGAUGCGAGAGCAAUAUAAAGAUUAUGUUGCACUCAACAAUAAGGCAGCACAGGCGAAUGGUUUUGAAGACGCUGGAGCAAUGUGGCGAGACCGAUACGAGUACAGUAAUUUAGUUGAACUGGUUGAUCAACUGUGGUCUGAAGUAGAGCCACUUUAUAAUGAGCUACAUCGUUACGUACGAUAUCAAUUGUCUGACUUGUACAGCGAAAUCAACAAGGCCGAUCCACUGCUACCGGCACAUGUGUUCGGCAAUAUGUGGGCACAAAACUGGGGUCAUCUAUAUGACACAACACGUCCAUUUAAAAAUGCGUCGGAUGUCGAUGUGACAUCGAAAAUGGUGGAGCUAGAAUUCGACGAGUAUCGCAUGUACAAUAUGUCGGAUGAAUUUUACAUGAGCAUGGGUCUACCUACGAGCUUUAUGAGCUACAAUGAUCCGUCGAUUAUUAAAAAGCCAACCGAUAGAACCAUCGCAUGUCAUGCAUCCGCUUGGGAUUUCUGUGACGGCGAAGACUUCAGAAUCAAACAAUGUACAACCAUCGACAUGGAGGACUUCCUUGUCGUGCACCACGAAAUGGGCCACAUAAUGUACUACCUGAUGUAUAAGGAAUUGCCAGGAAUUUACCGUACUGGUGCUAAUCCUGGCUUCCAUGAAGCCGUCGGCGACACCAUUGCCCUGUCUGUGGCCACACCAAAGCAUCUGACCAAAGUCGGUCUUUUGGAAAAUUACGAGGACUCUGAUGCGGACAAUAUCAACGCUCUGUAUAAAAUGGCUCUGCAACGCGUGGCCUUUUUACCGUUCGGUCUCCUAAUCGACAAAUGGCGUUGGGAUGUUUUCAGUGGUAACACACCGGAAACUGAGUGGAACAAGCAUUGGUGGGAAUUGCGUGAAAAGUAUCAAAAAGUCAGAGCACCAGGGGCUCGCGGUGAAGAGUUUUUCGAUCCGGGCGCUAAAUAUCACAUCCCUGCCGAUUCUCAAUACAUUGCUUAUUUCGUCGCUCAUAUCCUUGAAUUCAGUUUCUAUCGCAGCUUGUGCAUAGAGGCCGGAGAAUUCGAUCCCACUGAUCCGACAUCACAACUGCACAAAUGCGAUUUUUACGAGAGUAAAGCAGCUGGUGAUAAGCUGAGAGCCGGUCUAUCCCUCGGUUACAGCAAACACUGGUCGGAAGCGCUAAAUGAAUUGACUGGAUCGCCCGAAAUCUCCUCAAGUGCAUUGAUGGACUACUUUGCACCCCUGUAUGACUUCUUGAAAGCUGAAAAUGACAAAAGACAAGUGGAGGAAAUGCCAGAGAGGCUAGCGCAAUAUGAAGUAGAGGGAUCCGAAAUGUGCAAUAAAUUAGUCCACGCUGAAUGGGAUGUGGCCACAGAUUCGGAAAAUGAUGAGCUAACAGUUGAGUAUGAGAGAAUGGUGCUUGAGAAUGCAGAAUUUACGCGAAGGUGGCAUGACGCUGUGUUUAAAGGAGCUAAUCCGGACGAUUUUAGCGACGAACUGGUUAAGAGACAGUUGAAAUAUCUGGUUCACUUGGGCAAAGAUGCUCUCGAUCCCAGUGAUUUAAGUACCCUGACAACCGCUCAAACCAGCAUGGAGAAUAUCUACAAUCUUGCUAGAAUUUGUCCGUUCAGCGCACAAAACUGUGAUAUUACAAACAAAGAGGUCACUCUGUCAUUAGAUCCGGAAAUAUCGGAAGUGAUGGCAUCGUCAACUGAUUACGACGAAUUGAAGUGGACUUGGGAACAAUGGCAUGACAAGAGCGGUAGAAAUAUGCGAAGCGGAUAUGCUACGUACGUUGAACUGAAUAACAAGGCUGCUCGUCUCAAUAAUCUCGCCGAUGCCGGUAAGAUGUGGUUAGAGGCGUACGAAGAUGAUAAUUUCGUUGCCAAAGUUGAUGCGGCUUGGGCCGAAGUCGAACCACUGUACACUGAACUGCAUACGUAUGUUCGAAGGAAAUUAAAGGAAAUGCACGGCGAUAAAAUGGACGAUUCUGAUGGUCUGAUCCAAGCUCAUCUACUUGGUAAUAUGUGGGCUCAAAGUUGGGUCAAUUUAUACGAACACAUUAAACCGUUCCCGGAAGGAAGCCCAAUCGACGUAACCAAUAGUAUGGUGCAACAAAAUGUCAGCGUUGUGCAAAUGUUUGAGCUAUCAGACGAAUUCUUCAAAGGAUUGGGACUACCGGCCAAUGACAUGUCGUAUGAUGAAAGCCGAGGUGCUGUCAUCAUUAAGCCAACAAAUCGAACAAUCACUUGCCAUGCAUCCGCCUGGGAUUUCUGCAACGGUGUCGACUACAGAAUUAAAAUGUGCACCAGUGUCAACCAGGAAGAUUUUGUGACCGUUCACCAUGAAAUGGGACACAUCAAUUACUUCCUUCUGUACAAAGAUAAGCCACUAGUUCUCCGCACUGGUGCCAAUCCCGGCUUCCACGAAGCAGUCGGGGACUUGAUUGCACUGUCCGUUUCGACGCCACAACAUUUGGAAAGCAUUGGCUACUUGAAGGACUACAAAGAUACAGAGGACGACAACAUAAAUGCCCUGUUCAAAAUGGCAUUGGAAAAGAUUGCAUUCAUUCCGUUCGGUCUUCUCAUCGACAAGUGGCGAUGGGAUGUGUUCAGCGGAGCCGUUCCAGCGAGCCAAUGGAAUAAGCAUUGGUGGGAUUUGAGAGCACAAUACCAGAAGCUGAAACCACCCACUCAACGUGGAGAAACAUACUUCGAUGCAGGCGCUAAAUAUCAUGUACCGGCUGAUGUUCCCUACAUUCGGUAUUUCGUUUCGCACAUACUUCAAUUCCAGUUCCAUCGGGCUGCAUGCAUCGCCGCCGGUCAGUACGUUCCCAACGAUUCAACGAAACCACUGCACAAAUGUGAUAUUCAAGGUAACGCUGCCGCUGGUGCAUUAAUCAAAAACGGUUUAAGUUUGGGAUUGAGUAAACACUGGUCGGAGGUUUUGUCACUGAUGACAAAUGGACGAGACAGUGAAAUGUCUGGAGCUGCACUCAACGAGUAUUUCGCCCCAUUGUACAACUAUUUGAAGCAAGCUAAUGAGGAUUAUGGCAAGGGCAGCUCGACAGCGAUUCGAUUUAGUGGUGUAGUGGUAGCGAUUGUGAUUUUUUUGAACGCAGUGUUGUAAAUAAAAUGUUUUGUCACUAAGAU